AUGAAGAUGAUUGAGACGGAACAAUGUUCUUGCGGGUGGAAAGGAACAUUAUUUAUCCGAGUGUUUAUUGAUUUCCGUUUUGGGCCAUACCUAGGUAAUAAUAUCAAGAGACUGACUGGUGGUACACCUAACACCACGCCAUAUAAACCGUCUCCUCUCUCGUUUGGAUCCCCUCGCUCUUCUCCUUUUCGUCGACCGUCAUUUGUCUCUUCUCCUCCUCCUUCCUCACCCGGAGCGGUUAUCCGGCCAAAUGCCCCAGCGAGCCCCAGCAGCAGGGGAACCACGCCUACACACUCACCCAGCAAACUGAGCCACUUCCAAGCACUGGAGAGUGGAGAUGUAUUUACCAAUGGUAGCAAUGGGCUAAGAUCCUCGCCAGGUCCUAGGUCGCCCCAGCUCUCGCCUACAAAGGGAGCAAAUGCUCAGGAUCGAUUUUCAAUGAUGGGCCACCCCAAAACACCCGAAAGGUCGCCCAAAAGUAAUGAUUUGCUGAGCAAGAUUCCUCCCGGUCAAUUGCGAGAGAUGCGCGAAGCAUUUCAAGUGUUAGAUCGGGACAACGACGGCUUGGUAAACAGAGAAGAUAUAGCAGAUGCCUUGAAUAACCUUGGCCAGGAUUCUUCAUCUCUGGCAACUGGUGCAUACUUCUCACCGAACGGCCCUCGAUCAAUCAACCUACCAACGUAUUUAAACCAAAUCGCCACUUACUUAGCACCUCUUUCAUCUUACCAGGAGCUCCUUAAUGCAUUUGCAGCCUUUGACGAAGACGAUAGCGGUCAGAUUGACCUAGCCGAGCUUCGAGAUGCACUACUCCAUACCACUCCCGAAGGAGAUGAGAGACAGCUAACAGAGAGUGAGAUUAAUGAGGUGAUACAAGGGUUUACUGGUAGACGAGCGUUUGGCGCUAAAGGGAAAGCUGCCUCUCUUACUGGAUCAAGAAGUCGAGCCGAGGUGUUUCGAUAUGAGGAGUUCGUUGGGAGUUUAAUGGGUGGUCCAGGUGAUCCAAAGACCGAUAAAUCAAAAUCCAAGGAAGGUUGA